UGUAGGUGCCCAAGAAAGUAAGAAAAAGUGUCAUCUCUGGAAGUGUGCUUGGAAUAUGCAACAGACAUGUCAGAGAUAAAGAAGAAAACCACUAGAGUUUCUCUGACCAUCAGUUCUCCAGUUAAUGAAAACUCCAACAUCAGAUCAAGUUAUUCUACGUUAGUUCAACCAUUGUGUAUUGACCCCCAGAGGAUGCAGAGCCCCUGCAGUAGCCUGUCAGGAUCCAUUUAUGUUGUGGCCCCUGUGUUCACCAAGCAUCUUCAAGACAUCUCUACAACCAGAGGUCAGAUUGUCAUGUUUGAAUGCCGAGUGCAGGCCACGUCUUCAGUUCAAGUUCACUGGUACAGAGAGAAAGAGCAGAUUGCCAGCUCAGAUGACUUCCGGAUUCUGAGGAAAAAAGCUUGUUUAUCAUCCAUUCCUGAGGAAGUCUGCACCUUGAUUAUCACGGAAGCAUUUCCUGAAGACUCUGGGGAGUUCAAGUGCAUUGCAGAAAAUGAGGCUGGAACCGCAGUUUCGGCAGCAAGACUCUUUGUUUCCCCGGAAGGAAAAGAAGUGGAGAAAUCUAAGAGUUCUCCCAAGUUUUCCAUGAGCAGAUUCUCUCCAAAACUGGCCUCCUUCCCCUGGGAAAAUGAAAGCUACACAAAGGACAAAAAUCCAGACGAUACCCCAAUAAACCUUAUGCCAUCUAAUCCUGAACCAGCCACUUACAAUGAACAUGAGAUCCAGGUGGUAAAAACGGAUGUCUGCACCAUCAAUGGAAAUUCCCCCGAAGUACAACCACAAUGGUAA